UGUUGACAAGGUCACUUCCCCCAGUUGCCAGAUGUUCAUUUAGCAAACGCAAAGGCAUCGCACCUCCUAUCGACACUAGACCACACACACACUCUCUUCCUUUGUGCACCAAUCAAGGGAUUGCCCCAGUUCCCCUGACGAGCUCGUCUGCUGAGACGCUGCCCGAUGCGGUAGGCAUACCCAUGGCUACACUCAACUCACAGGGCAAACGCCCGUCGCCAGACGACGAAGGCUCGGAUAUGUCGGAUAUCUCUGAGGGUAAUUCUUUCAACGGGAGAGAGAGGAGAACAAUCAAGAGGCAGAGAACAAGCUCGUCACAAUCCGAGGUAGAGGAUCAGCCAGCUCAAUUCGUACCCGGACUUUGGAGCAUUGUAGCAUCGGUCAAGAACCUCUUCGGUCUCGGUAGUUCAGAGACAGAUCCAACUCCAGGCCCAGCCCUAGAAACACUCGACAGAUUCUCGCCCGACCUUCCUCCCUUACCAGCAUUCCAUCCGGAUGGACGAAUGCUACAAGGACCAACAAUGCCUGCGAUCGAAGCGACUAAACAUAGGAUGAAUCGAGCUUUUGAAGCGCAAAACGGAGAGACGGACGCCGAGAUACAGAAUCAGGAACACUCAGUCAUAGAUUUGACAGGGGUGUCGGAUGGGAGUCCUAGCCCUGACAAGUUCAAGUCCGGUGGCAGCCUAUCCUACAAUGCGAAAUUCAGCCAGCUCAAGGUCAGGCCGCCUACCCCUCCCCGACCAUCUUCCAAGAAGAACUUUGCGCCGUCGGGGUUGCGGGUACAUCAUGCUUUCGAUAAUGGGUUGAGACAUUCUGUCGGGCAUCGAGCGAGACCCCGGUAUACGGCUAAGAUGAUCAGAACGACCGUGAAGACCAGUACCAGGACAUGAUAUCGGACGCAGGACCAUCCACUCCCUCGCCUCCGGCUCAAGGUUCCACCCACAGAAUAGACGAUCCUUUCGCUCCGACUCUCACGACCAAGAGACUUCCCUUCAAUGGUCUACCGCCCGACAUGGGUCGGUCGCGAAUGCCCCCCU